AGUAGAGGAGCUGGACCGGAAAGAGCAAGAAAAAAAGCGCCAGGGCUCUCUUCUCCUCUUAAUCAUCUCAUUUCUUGCUUUCCAAAAAAAAAAAAAAAAUUGUUGCUAGGAAUUCUUCAAGAUCAAGGAAACUUGUUGAAUGCAACUGAUCAGCUAGAGAUCAGAUUAAGCCCAGCCCGUCAAUGGCGUCGCCUAGCGAGAGCAAGGUGGACGAGAACGAGGUAACAUCGGAGCCCCAGCGAAGAAAUCGCCAUCGUCGACAGGGCGGCGGCGAUGACGAACGAGCCCAGGAGCCUGAUCUCGGCUUCCCCCUGGCUCGCCAGUCCUCCAUCUACUCCCUCACCCUCGACGAGAUCCAGAACACGUGUGAGCCCGGGAAGACUUUCGGGUCGAUGAACAUGGAUGAGUUCCUCAGCAACAUCUGGAGCGUCGAGGAGGGAUUCGCUGCGCCGAGGUUGGGCGCCGGUGAGCCCGCGUCUCGUCCGAUGGGUGGACAAUUCGGGGUACGGCGGCGGCGGAGGAGGGAUGGAGGUGAACGGACGGCUAAGAUGAAUGGGAGGAAACGGGCGGGAUGGGGUGGUGGAGAAGGGGUGGAGAGGAGGCAGCGGAGGAUGAUCAAGAAUCGGGAGUCGGCGGCGAGAUCUAGGGCCAGAAAGCAGGCUUAUACUGUGGAGUUGGAGGGGGAGCUGAAUCUGCUGAAAGAAGAGAAUGCUCGACUCAGAGAAGAAGAGAGAAGGGCACAGACAAUGAGGAAGCAAAUGAUAAUCGAGUGUAUGGCUGAACAUGCACGGGCUAAUUUAGCGAAGGCUGCACGAUCGCUUCGACGUUGCAAUAGUGGCCCUUGGUGAAGAUAUCCUUUCAGAAAGAACCCGAAGCUUACUUUUGUUCAGCUGUAGUUUUUUUUG